ACUGGUGGUUUAUCCUCAGAUAGCUGAAGCUAAACCAAUGAUUUGAGUUGAUGCAACAAUUUUUCUUGUUUCUUGCCACUUUAUCCCACAAUUAUAGGAAAUGGUGAACGCCCACCAAUCACAGAACUAGAUCACAUAUAGUAUAUGGAAGAGGGACACAACCACCAAAGUAAAAUGAAUGCAAUGCUCAAGUGCCUUAAACCUGCAUUCUUCCAAACAGCCAGCAGGGGGCGAUCUUCUAGUUGCAAAGCAGCAGUCCGCCUUUCAGGAAAUGACCCCACUUCUGCUUUAAUUUAGUAUCUUAGUAACCUUUUUCCUAUUGACUUUAUGAAUGCAGUUGCAAGUUUUGAGCCUCCUGUAAUACAAAAUGGUGUUCAUUUUGUAAAUUGUGGUCCAUUUUAGAGUAAAAUAGAUCCUUUACUGCAGAGAUAUGUUCUGUUCGAUGGAUCUCCAUACAUAGUGUCCUCAGAUUUUUCAGUCAGAUCAGAUUUCAUGUUUCCAGUUUCUAAAGAGCAAGACAACAAUGACCAAAUUCUACACCCAAGGCUUUAAAGUGGUCGUGGUUGCUAUGUCGAUCUUUAACAAGAAACUCUAUAUAAGUUAUGUCUGUUGGAACCAUUGGUGGAUCAGAACAGGCACAGAUUUCCCACAUGACACUUUAUCUUCCACUCAAUCCCAGGGAUCAUGUGCAGAAGUGCUGUCAAACCAGAAGGUUGGCUUUAGUUGUAAAAGUUUAUGUUUAGAUAUAAAACUUUAUGGUUAGUUUAGGUAUGAAGUUGAAAAAGUUCCAGUUAUGUUGAUAUCUGAGAAGGACGGGGUUAGUUUAAGGUUUGGCAAUAAAAGAUUUUCUAUGUGGGCAGGACGUUGGUGUCUACCAUAGUUACAGUUGGACCCAUAAAAAUGAUAAGUGAGUAGGGAAAUAGCUCAAUUACUGAUUUAUGUCAUGGGUUUAAGAGUUGGAAAAACCUUUAAGGUCCAGGAUUGUUGAGCUGAAUCUCAGGACAUGGGACCUAAAAACUACACUUCCCAGAAUGCACUGGUAGCAGCAAGGAGAUACCUGACACCUGGUGCUUGACACCUGAUCAAUGAGCACUGAUUUAGAGCACCUGGGAAGGACUGGGGGAAGCUCAGUCAGUCAGGCAAAAAAUCUUCAGAAAAGAGCCACGAGGAAAGAACAAAGAAGAUCCAAGUCCGCUCAUGGAUUCAGUCCAAAGAUGCCAAUGCUUCUCCUCCCCGCGCUGCUGCUGCUGCUCUCCGGCCUCCGCACUGCAUCGGCGGACGAACCGGUUCCCACCUACCAGCACCGGGACCCUGUUACCGGGGAAACGCUCACCUGCACCAAGUGUCCACCGGGGACCCACAUGGCCGCGCACUGCACCGCCAGCACACCCACGCAGUGCGCGCCCUGCAGGCCGGACUACUUCACGGCGCUGUGGAACUACCUGCCCAGGUGUCUCUACUGCAACAACUUCUGCAAUGGAAACCAGGAGGUGGAGACCGAGUGCUCCCCGACCACCAACCGGGUGUGCCGCUGCCAGCAGGGCUUCUACGGGCUGGACGACUUCUGCAUGCCACACUCGCAGUGCGGCCCCGGGCACGGUGUUCUAACCAAAGGUACGUUGCAGACAGACACUGUUUGUGCGAGAUGUUCUGAUGGUUAUUUUUCCACCUCGUUCUCUGCGCUGGAUUCAUGCAUCAAACAUCAGGAAUGUACAAACGAAAAGAUUGAGCUCCUCGGUGGAUCAGCAGAUCAGGACACCAUGUGUGGCACCUGUGAGGAACUUGCAAACGGAGGUGAGACCUUCAGGACUUUCCUCUCAGGGUUCUUUACGUUGCACAAGAUGCGUGUCGGAAAAAUGAAGAAAUUUGUUGCCAGGCACAUCAGGUCAGCGGAGGAGAGGCCCAUCCAGGACACGACCAAACAGAGAGGUCCUCUGCUGGAUCAGAUCAGAGUCUGGCUGUCCAAGGCUCCAGAGGAGGAGCUGAGGAAGCUGCCUCAGAUGCUGAAGGAUUCCCAGCUCGGUUCUAUGGCGGAAAAACUGCAGACGAGAUUGAGUGAGAUCAAGCAGCAAAGUCCAAACUGUACUUUAUUUGUAGUUUAAGAUGCACUUUGAAAGACUACAGAGUCCGCAGCACAUAUGCUAGUAUGACAAAUACCUCUUUUUGGAUUCAGAAUGCGUUACGGCAGCAUCUUUUGGCAUCAUUUGUCUGUUUAUUUAGAGUAUAUUGAAAUGUUUUAUAGAAGCAAUGUUUACAAAAUUUGUUUACAUGUCCUGCUCAGAAGCAGUGACACAUGAGCGACAUUACCGAUAGUGAGUUUGGUGACAGCUACUGACAAAAUGUGUAAAUAAAUUUUAUACGAAAUGAAGGUUGUGAUGAACUAGAUGUUAAAUUAUAUUGCCUAUUGGUACUGCCAUACCUGUGUUUGGUGUAUGUUGGACUGUACUUCAAAAGUGGAGGAAUCUUUCCAAAUAAAGCUGAAAAUAUGCAAAAGUC